AUGGAACCUGAGGAAGAGCAGCAGGAGAUAAAAGAGGAACUCUUCUCUCCCACUGUAACAUCAUCUCCGAGAGUACCCGCUUACUUACAGGACGACGAAGUGCUGGAGACUAGUGAUACACCUUUACCCGAAAAAUACGGCUAUCUCAACAGCAACGGAACAUCGCUGACUAACAAUAUUAAGGACGCCAUUACGAGGUUUCAGGAGACGUUCGGACUACAGGUGACCGGAUAUGAAAACGAGGAGACGCUGAAGCUGAUGGACACACCCAGAUGCGGUAACUCGGACGAAGGCAUAGCCCCGUUUUCCGUGAACCCAUUAGUUAAAUGGAACUCAACUCGGGUCACGUGGAACAUGAUUGGCUCUGGCAUCCAGUAUGCCAACAUCGUUGAGAGAGCGUUUUCCUUGUACUCCAAGCACUCUGCUCUCGAAAUCCGUAGAAGUUACAGUAAUCCCACUAUAAUGGUAGUGAUUUCCCCUAAGAAACACGUGGCGUACUACCUUAAAAGCGCUUGCAGUUACGAUUUUGACGGUCCGGGCGGUGUUCUCGGCCACGCUUUUCUCCCUCGACCGUGGCUGAACCAAUCGGAUAUACACCUUGAUUUCGAAGAGGACUGGGACUUUACAAUGAAUAUACCCGCACCGGAGAAGACUUCGUUCUUUACAGUGAUGGUCCCACGAAAUAGGCCAUGCUCUCGGUCUUCAGCAUUCGUCUGUGUUACGAUCCGUAAUGUUUCCGUCCUAUUACCCGCCAUCGGGUAUCAACAACUUGUACGAAUUUGA